AUUCCUGCCUACCUUCCUGCCUCUGGUUUCCAAAGUGGUGGAGCUGUGUAAAAGCAGGAUUCUGGGCCAAGGAGGGAUUUAAACUUUUUAUUUUUAUUAGAAGUAUUGACAGGGACAUAUAGCAUUUAAAUACCAGAGGAAAACACUGACUGGUAUCUAUAUUACAAAGUGGAAGUUACAAUUGCAGUAUUUAUUGCAAACAGUAACUUUAAAUUCAGUGACAGUGGUUUUAUUUUUUUUAUUUUUUUUUUUUGCAUUAAACAAGUGUAUUCGUUUUAAUGAGAACGCAUUGAAAUCUAACAGUUUUAAUUAAAGGUUAAGUUAUUUGUGUUGUUAUUACACAUAAGUACAUACAGUAGACAGGGACGACAUGAUGGAGAUUCUGGAUGGCGGAGAACCUCUUUUACAUUGGGAUCGAAAUCUGAGUGAACUGUCGGAACCUGGAGAACAUGAAAAUGUACUAUACAAUACGCACUUCUCAGAGCUGCUGGACGACUUCUCUCAGGACGCCAUCCUGGGCCAGCUGUUGAGCGACCCCUUCCUGUCUGAUAGGAGCGAGGCCAUGGAGACAGAGGAGGAGGAGGAGAAACCAGCCUCCCCCUCACCCCCUCACAUCCAGACUGAACAUAGCUACUCACUGAGCGGGGACUCCCGGCCACAGUCCCCCCUCACACACCUCCCCGGCGAAGGGGGCAGGGAACAGGGCAAUGAGGAUAGCGAGUGCUGGCCCAUGGAGAGUGCAGAGAAGGAGCUGAAGAUGGACCUGUGCGACCCCACCAUCCUCCUCCCUGCCCUCACACUCAGCCUCGCAGCCUCCAGCCAGACGCAGAGCCCCGCACUGGCUGUUCCCAUUCUGCUGACCGCACCCCCACAGGUCACAGUCGCCAGCCAGAAGAGUGAUGCUAGUGAAAAGGUUUUGCCAAAGAUUAAGCUGGAGCCACAUGAAGUGGAUCAGUUCCUGAACCUCUCGCCUAAAGGCCUGGACUCCCUGCAGCUGCCCCCCACUCCCCCCAGCUCCCAUGGCAGUGACUCUGAGGGUGGGCAGAGCCCGACCAGAUCCUGCCCACCUCCCAGCUCCACCCAGUCAAAGCCCACCCUCAAAGUGGCACCCCGGGCACCUUCCUCCCUCACCAACUCUCCACUUCUCACCGCCCCACAUAAGCUGCAGGGCUCUGGGCCCUUGAUGCUUACAGAGGAGGAGAAGAGAACGCUGAUUGCUGAGGGUUACCCCGUCCCCACCAAGCUCCCCCUCUCCAAAUCUGAGGAGAAAGCACUGAAGAAAAUCCGCAGGAAGAUCAAAAACAAGAUUUCUGCUCAAGAAAGCCGAAGAAAAAAGAAAGAGUACAUGGACACUCUGGAGAAAAAGGUGGAAACGUGUUCCAAUGAGAACAGCGAACUGCGUCGCAAAGUGGAGACUCUGGAGAGCACAAACAGGUCUCUGCUCCAGCAGCUUCAGUGCCUGCAGGCAGUGGUAGCUGGCAAGGUCCCCAGGUCCUGCCGUGUCGCCACUACCCAGACUGGCACCUGCCUCAUGGUGGUGAUGCUGUGUUUUGCAGUAUUCCUGGGUAGCUUUUCACCGAGUUUUGGUCCCUGCUCCACUAUCACAACGACAGGAAUUCCCAGCCAGAGUUCAGCAAAGGAAUCCUAUACAGCCACAGUGCGGUCGAGGAACUUGCUGGGGUAUGAGGAGCGCAGUGCACGUGAGGAGCUGCACCCCUCUGUGCCGUCUGUGGAGUACGCUGAGGCAUGGGACAGACAGAAGGACACAGUCCCACGAUACACAGCACAGGCACAAGAGCCAGACAGUCACACAGAGUAUCUGAGCAGCAAUGACACGCAGACAGAGAAAUCCAUACUGAUAGACUUGCACCCUCACAGAUCUCACAUGGAACUGCGAGCAAAUGAAAGCAGAAAAGUGAUAGAGAUUGAGAGGACAGUGAACGAAACUUCCUGAGGUCCUGCUCCCCGUCACGCACCCCUCUUCCUUUCCCUUUCAGCCAAUACUCUCAACAUCACAAGCUUAUACUUUUCUCUUUUUAGUAUUUAUAUAUUAUACAUAUUGUAUUCAUUUUUAGUGUGUUAUGUAUUUUCAGUUUUUGUAUACUUCCAAAAAUAUUUAGUCAUCUAUGUUGUUUUAUUUGUUGUUAUUUUAUUUGAGUACUACAAUACCCCAUCUCUGCCCCCUGUUAAAUAUGAUUAAAAAUAUCUGCCUAAUAAUUCAGUAAUACUGGGGAGAUGAUCAUUCCUCAGUUAUUUUACUGCCUCUGAUUCCUUCAGGGAAGUUGUGGGUAGGAAUAUGUAGCAACUUCUGUUCUCCAGAAUGACUCAUGAGCCUGAGCAGCUGAUGUUUUGCCCUUCGUAACUGAAACUGAUUUGCAUCGGAGAGAUGCAGCUUAUGUUUAGGGGGUUGUAACUAUUUAAAGAAUUCUGUGUACAUGGCAACACUGCCUAGUGAAUCAGGUCAAUAUUUGAAUUGUGAAAUAGUGAGCAUUGUACACUGAAGACAUUUGCUAAACCCACUGCAAUCAAAUGGCUGCAUAGUAAGUAUAGAUUGUCAAAUCUUAAAUAAAAGAAUGCUGGUUUAUCAGGAUAAUUAAGAGCCUUAUUUUAAAUGAAUUAGAUGGCAUUCAGGUAUACAAUUCUUUUAGAUCAAUUUAUCACAGCCCAUUGCCUUAAACUAAUUGUGACCCUAUAUUCACAUUUACCCUCCCCACCCACUGUAUAGUAUUUAUGAUUCUGAAUAUGCACUGUAUAGUAUGUGGUUCCUUACCACACUGUUCUAUCUAUUUAGCAAACAUCUUCAAAAUCAAGAUUUUCGUUUGCAGUUCCUGCUUUUGAAUUUACAAUAAACAAACAGACUAGAGACAUGUUAAGUUGUUUUUUUUUUUUUUUUUUCCCCCAGAGAAAAUAAAU